GAGGCUUGGUACCCUAUGGGCUCGACUGGAGGCCGCCGCAACUUGGAGGCGGAACUCUUGUUUCUGGGAUGCUGUUUCCUUUUCUCUCCCCUUUCUCUUCCUACGAGAGCGGAACUCAUUGAUGCGCGGACCGAGGGUGCAACGGGUGAAUGGUUCCCCCAUAGUUUUUUUUUUAUAUUUGGCAAGCGAAAAGAGGCAGGCUUCACCAGCAUGAGCACCAGCACAACUGCACUGUCUGAAAAGGACAAGUCUAUUGCUCAGAAGUUACUGAAUUUUGGAGCAUGCCCACGUUGUAUUUUCAGGUUUUGCCGGAUAGGAUCUCAGGAUUUGUACAGGCGACCCUAUAAGGAGUUGCUUAGUGAACUGCAUGAGUUUCUGGAGAACACUACAGAGGAGAACAAAUUACCUUGUGAAACAGCAAAUCCUCCCUAUAAGCGAAUCAAACUGGAUAGUGUCAAAGAAGGGGAGGAACAGACCUCAAAUGGAAGCCACCAGGUACCUAUUGCGGAGAAUGAUAGAACUGCUGGUGGUGAUGAGAACUUAAGGCCAGCUGUGUGUAGCAUCUGCCUGGGAAUUCUGCAAGAGCUCUGUGAGAUGGAUUUUGUCAAAUUGGUGUGCCACAAGAUUAAUUCUUCUGAAUACCAGUUUACCAGCUUUGUGUUUUCAGUCUCUUUUCCCCCACAGUUAUCUGUAAGGGAGCAUGCAGCGUGGUUGCUAGUAAAAGAGGAAAUGGAGAAACAGGAUUUUUUAGCAGAAAAAGAAGACCUUGUUCAGCUAAAGGAAGCAUACAAAUGGAUUAUUCACCCCCUGUUCCUGGAGCAAUUGGGGGUCCCUGCUGAUGGAAAGAGCCUGUUUGAAGUCAGCGUGGUCUUCGCUCAUCCAGAAACAGACGAGGACUGCCAUUUCCUAGCCUCAGCAUGUCCAAGUUGCUUCAAACAAGAAAAGAACAAGCAGUCUGUCUUCACCAGAAUGGCUGUGGUUAAGGCUUUGGAUAUGAUCAGCGAAGAAGAUUUUCUUAAAAACUUUCAGUGUCCUCUGACUUCACCCAAGGCGCCUUGCACAGCUGUCGACAUUCAAUGUACCAAUGGGGCCGUCUUCGUUGCCGGGAGAUAUAACAAAUAUUCAAGAACGUUACCCCAGACUCCCUGGAUUAUAGAUGGAGAGAGGAAGAUGGAGUCUUCCGUCGAAGAACUGAUCUCAGAACAUCUCAUGGCUGCCUUCAAAGCAGACAGUUUUAAUUUUUCAUCCUCCGGAAGAGAAGACGUGGAUGUGAGAACACUGGGCAACGGAAGGCCCUUCGCAAUUGAGCUGGUGAAUCCUCGGAAAGUCCGCUUGGCUGCAGAAGAAAUGAAGGAGCUUCAACAGAUAAUAAAUAACUCUUCUGACAAAGUCCAAGUUCGUGAUCUGCAGCUCGUCACCAGAGAGGCCAUUGGGCACAUGAAAGAAGGCGAGGAAGCAAAGACCAAAACUUACAGUGCCUUAAUAUGGACAGAAAAAGCCAUCCGGAACGAAGACAUUGAGCUUCUAGACAACAUGAAGGAAUUAAAGCUCGAUCAAAAAACUCCACUGCGGGUCCUCCACCGGCGACCGCUAGCCGUCAGGGUUCGUGUCAUAUACACCAUGCAGUCGGAGUACAUAGAUGAGCAUCAUUUCCGUCUCCAUCUGAAGACGCAGGCCGGGACUUACAUUAAAGAGUUUGUUCAUGGAGACUUUGGAAGAACCAAGCCGAACAUUGGUACGCUCUUGGGCACAACCGCUGACAUCUUGGAGCUGGAUGUAGAAUCGGUGGAUGUUGACUGGCCUCCAGCUCUGGAUGAUAAAUGAGAAGUUUUAACUUUCAAGAUGUGGAGAAUGAAGGGGCCACAGUCUUGUCAGUGACUGGUUACAGCAGAAUGGGCUCCGGGGGUUUUUGUAAGCUGGUUGGCUUUCCAAAAAAUUUGUUACCUUUUUUUAGAUCAUGUUGAUCUAUUUUUUUAAAAAACUAAAAAAAAAAUGUUAUAAUGAAGAACGUCUGGUACUUUGACCACUUUGUAAAUGCAUAUAUCUCCAACGACAGCCAGCGGAAUUGGUUGUGCUGCUAAGAUAACAUGAUCUCUCAGAACAUAUCUUUGGAAAUAAGAGCAGAGUUCUCUGUUCCCACAGCCUGCGAACUCUGGUCUCACUGGGUUGCCAAAUGGCGUCCCUCUGGAUCUUUCUGCAGGCUUUGGUUCUCUAUUAAAUAGCUAAAAAUGAGUUGCCAUCUGUCCUCUGAUCAUCUGAGGCCUGUCACAAUAUACUGUAUUUUUCGCUCUAUUAGACGCACCAGACCACAAGACGCACCUAGUUUUUGGAGGAGGAAAACAAGAAGAAAAAUAUUCUGAAUCUCAGAAGCCAGAACAGCAAGAGGGAUCGCUGCGCUGUGAAAGCAGCAAUCCCUCUUGCUGUUCUGGCUUCUGGGAUAGCUGCGCAGCCUGCAUUCGCUCCAUAAGACGCACACACAUUUCCCCUUACUUUUUAGCAGGGAAAAAGUGAGUCUUAUAGAGCAAAAAAUACGGUAAUUUUAAUCUACAAAAAUGCAAACGCAACACACUGGCUAAUAACUGUUAGUGAAUAUAUAAUCGGUUCUGAUGUCAUUCAAAAUAUACGAAUAAGCCAUUUCAAAAUGAUGCAUAUCUUAUACAACACAUCUCACAAAAUAUACAAGUAACUACAAGUUGUUAAUUGUAUCAGAGUCAAACAAAGAAUCAAACAGAUCAAUGAAUAGUGAGGAAUGCCAAGCCGUCUCUCAAAGGAAGACGUCUCACAAAAGUCUCAAAAGGACAAGUAUAUCCAGAAUCAUUCAACUGUUUCGGAAUAAAGUCUUCAUCAGCGAAUAAUUAUCAAUGAAAUAUUCAUACUAGUAGGGAUUAUGCUAUUGGAUCAGUGCUCACUGGGUAGUGCAGCUGCUUAACAACUUGUAGUUACUUGUAUAUUUUGUGAGAUCAUAACCGAUUAUAUUGAUUCUUUGUUUGACUCUGAUACAGUUAACAACUUGUAGGUACUUGUAUAUUUUGUGAGAUGUGUUGUAUGAUACAUACAUCAUUUUGAAAUGGCUUAUUUGUAUAUUUUGAAUGACAUCAUAACCGAUUAUAUAUUCAUUAACAGUUAUUAGCCCGCGUGUUAGAUUUGCAUUUUUGUAGGUAGUUACAUUUUGCAACACAUCCGUUUGUGUUUGUUCACAAUACAAUUCCAGUCAUAGUGCAAUGAUUGUCAGGAUUCUGGUACUUCUGGGUGAGCUGAUGCCAUUCAGCGCAGAUUGUACAAGGAAAUAAUCCUGUGCAUGUUUACUUGGAAGUAAGUCCCGCUGAGUUCAGAUAUUUUAGUAUGCAUGGGAUUGCAGCAGCAAUCUUGGAUCUGUACCAAUGUAAAGGCAGCCCUGAAUAACUGUAUAUCCUAUUAAUAGUAGAGGAAGAUUUGCUUACCCUUUUGCAAGGACAUGCCGUAAUUCUAAAUCAAUCCAUAGCCACCCCUUUCUCUUCAGAAAGUGGUAUUUGGCCAGAAUUAUGUAAUGGGGAAGAAAGGAUAGUGUGAUAUAAUAAUGAAUGAUGUUUUAAUGUGAGAGGCAACUGUACCCCCAAAAAUGUUCCGAGUUUUAUUUUUACUAAGAAAAUAAACUUUUAUUAAAAAAUUCUC